AUGCCGCUGGACCUGGCUUCAGUGUCGGCUCAGCUCGAGCUCAAUGACAUCCCGGAGAGCGCUCACGAGCCGGGUCCUGGCCAUUACUUUGGCCCGGACAGCCAGGGCUUCAAUGCGCUUGGAAAGCAGAUGUUCAGCAAGUGCCGCUCGGCACCCGAGAUCAGCCUUCCACGAACAGGCUGGGAUGAAUGGCAGAAGGUGACGGUGUCCAAGGCUUCGCAAGGCACCAAUCUUGGUCGAGAGUCACCAAGCUGUGCCUACACAGUCCCCUCCACACUGGAGGGCCAUGCGCCCAAGGUUGGGACAUCCCUGAGGCCAGACUUGGCGGCAUCUUUAGGCGUGGAUCCACAUGGGUCACCUGGGCCGAUGUACAACAUUCGGGAGAGUGGCAUGAUGCAGCUCGGAAUUGGCCGGGUCGUCAAGUGCAGGGAGAACAAGAGCUUUGGCUGCGCAGAUCGCUUCCGCGGAGAUGCCAGGCCUCAGGAGCUGUUUCACCUUGCUCAGAUUUGGGGGGCGGUCUCUGAGCGUUCCAGCCGAAACAAAGAGACCGUGAGGUUCUUGAUUGAGGUUAAGGGUGGUGAUUGCGAAUCGGAGAUUUGCCAUGGGGACACAGGUAUCGAGGACGGUGCUCGCAGAUACUGUCUAAUCUUCAGUCCAGGGGUCUUGCAGAAACGUCUUAGCAGCAGUCUUGCAAGGACGGGCGGGUUCGGAACUCCCACGUCCGUCAGAGGAAAUCUCUGUGAAUCGGUGCAUAAAGGAUCAAAAUAA